AUGCCAAAGUCGGUUAACUGCAAGAACAUAAGCAACGCCGAGGACGUGUCAAUUCUGAACUACGCGGCUGCGAAAAGCCAAACAAUCGUGCUUCCGACGACCCGGACCCACUUCUGGAACGAUUAUAAUCAAUUCUCGGGCUCCGAACGACUUGUCGGCACUCUGGCAGCCAGGUUCGUACCUAAAAAUUGACAAAUCCCGAAUUGUAUAUGCGAAAAAGUGAAAAUUUCACUAAUUUUGAUAAAUUUACAGAUUCCGUCGGUGCCACGCCCCGCGAAUGCACCAUUACGAGCAGUUCGAUGUGGAGACACGGGUCAGAAUGCUCUUUAGCACUUUGGCGCCCGUCGGACCCGAGUUUUUAAAAAUGUAAGACUUCGUUAAUUUUCAAAGGGUGCAAUCUAAACAAUUCCCAGUUUUCCGUGAAAAAUUGUCAAUUUUCAGACUGGAAGAGCGCGCCGACGUGCAGUUGGACCCGCUCGGGCACAUUGUAAAAUACACGGAGCACGCGCCGAACGGACUAAUUCUCGACUGUUCCGCACUGAAAAUGGACAUGCGCGGACAGUCGAAACGGCGGAAAACGACGGAAAACGAAGAGGGCACCGAGGAGGACAACUCUAUUUUCUCCACGCUUUUCGAGCAGAAACCCCCGUUGGAACUCUUGAAUUUUGGCGAAUUUCAACCCGGAACGUCUUGUGAAUUUCUGCAAAAUUCCCAGAAUUUGUCGGAGAUUUUGGCGCCUAAAGAUGCGGACAAAUCGAAUGAGAUCGAGAUGGAGACGAUGCGAGAGGAGAUGGGGGAAAUGAGAGAAAUUAUAAAACAACUCGUACAAAAACAGUCAGUUCCUUUUCUUUUUCUCACCUAAAACAUCAUUAUUUCGUAUUCAGAAGUUCUUCGCCGACGUCAGCCCCGCCCACCGGCUCCGCGCCCACUUCCAUCAGCAAAAAGGGCUUUCUUCAUUCUUUACGGGCCCUAAUUCUGUUGAUGGACGAUCCCGAAAUGGCCGGAGCCCGUCUGAGAGUCAACGAAGCAAUACGCAAAAUGGAAAAUACGGACGAGGUAAACAAACAACUGUUUUUUCUCCAGCGAAAUUAUCGAUUUUUCAGUCGAUUCCAAUCGAAAAAGCGCGGAAGUUCGUGGAACUCGGUGUGGAAAUGUUCUCGUCUUGA